GGCCAAUGAAAAGGUGGAGGAAAUGAGCCAAGCAGAGGAGGAGUUCAACAUUGAGAAGGGCAGGCUUGUUCACCAGCAGCGCAUCAAGAUCCAGGAAUACUAUGACAAGAGGCUCAAACAGGUCAACCUGCAGAAGAAAAUCCAGAACUCGAACCUGCAGAACCAGGCGCGCCUGAAGGUGCUGAAGGCGCGCGAGGACCACGUGUACGGCGUGGUGGAGGAGGCGCGACGCCGGCUCGGCCAGAUCACCAGCGAUCCGCAGCGCUACGGGCCCGUGCUGCAGGCACUCAUCGUCCAGGGACUCUUCCAGCUGCUGGAGCCGGUGGUGACGGUGCGCUGCCGCCAAGCGGACCUCUCUCUGGUCCAGAGCAUCCUGGACAGCGCCGUCCGCCAGUACAAGGAGGCCACCAAGGGCAUGAACGUCCAGAUCAAGAUCGACGACACCUUCCUGCCGGCCAACGUGUGCGGCGGUGUCGAGAUGCACACUAAGGGUAACCGGAUCAAGAUCGUCAACACGCUCGAGUCGCGACUGGACCUGCUGGCCGGCCAGAUGCUGCCCGAGAUCAGGACGUCGCUCUUCGGCCGCAACAUGAACCGCAAGUUCGACGACUAGACGCUGACUGUGUGGCGGAGAGUGAGGAGAGUGCCGGAGGACGGCUGCUGGCCACGAGUCGCGCAAACACCGAUGUUCCCGUUCAGCGGCGUACUCGAGGGCCGUUUUAUCACCCCGCCCUCCACGGGGCGCCCACUCUGGGCCAGUGGCGCCCUCUGCUCGGCGCUCGGAGCACGACUGCGCGUGUGUCUGUGUAUGUGUUCGUCUGGCAGUUUAGAGCGUUGUGACGGCGGCGCGGACCGAGCUAUCGCCGUGCCCUCGAGAUCAUUCCAAGCCGAUGAUGAUGUGUUGAUUGUCAGGGGAGCGGCGCGCUAGAGUAUGCACGAGAAGGCCAUAGAGUCGCGCCGCGAGCGGUGAAGCAAUCCAAUAUAUGUAUAAAUAAUGUGUAUGUAUACUAGGCAGAAUAUACAACGUAUCCGAA